UCUAAGGUUAAUUGGUGGGCCCCUGGUCAAAGUUUUUGGGUGGGCCCCUGGUGUCCCAGUCCGACACUGCUUGGGUCAGAAAUGCCCCUGAAUAGCACAAGACUGUCCAGGUAAAACUUGAUCCCUAUCUUUAAAACAAAUGAUCAUUAAAAGAUUGAGCUAUAGAUCUUGAAAAGAUGUCAAAAAAAUCAUUCAUUCCUUAAUCUUAGCUUGAUUGGCCUUCAGUCGCAGACCUUUAAAAAACUGAAUAGGGCCCCUCAAUUUAGGGACUAUAUAUAUGCAAAGUGUAUGGGCAAUAAUGUGAUGAUUGUAUCCCUUUAACAGCACAGUCACCUGUUCCUUAAGUUACAGUUACACCUUAUUUUGCUGAGAUAAACUUACAGGGAGUGCCCAGAAGGGAAUACCAAGGUGAGGGCUGGCAGAAUGCCAUUGCUCUGCCGGAGGCCGAGAAAGUAGAGCAAGCAGGGAACAAAGAAGAGGACAAGUUCCCGAUCAGAUCCAUAUUCACUGGCUCUUGUUUUGGAAUAAAUCUUUUCCGUACACAGCCUGAUGAACUGACUUGGAGAAGACAAAGCAUCUGUAAUAUUACUAGGGGACCCUCUUGUUUCGUCACUUGAGAAUUUAGUCUUACUCGGCCCUUGCAGUGUAGCUUCUCUUUGUGUCCUGUCUGAGUACUUUACUGUCACUAAACAAAUACAAGUGCUCUGUGCUAUCAGGAUGGACAAUCUCCUCUGUACAACCUGUGUCUCAGCCUGACUGUCCAGCAACAACGUCACUGGGAUUACACUCUGCAUUUCUGAGCCACCAUGUAUCACCAUCCAGCCAUGCCAUUUAGUCUUCCUUCAAACCUACCCGAGGAUCUCCCACCUUCUACCAGCCAGGCCCUGCUGACAGAGGUUUGUGCAGCCUCAUUGCCCUGGGACCAUUCAGAGUUUGCUUAUGAAACCAGUGAUAUGGACUUGCCCUUCUUGGCCUGUCUUGCCUUGCCCAGUUAUUCUACUCUGGUGUCGGACACAUGCAAUAUGGCAGAUAAAGAGAGCACUGUUGAAGGACCCCCUCAGUUUACAGAAUUACUGGCCACUGUGACAGCCUACAGGAGGAAUUUGGACGAACAGGUUUUACAAGAGAAUACAAAGAGUCCAUUUAUGGUUGGUGACACAGGCGUCCCAGGAGAAAGUAAAACCCAGAAAGUACAGCGGGAGAACAGUCGGCAAAAGAAAAAAGGUCAGAGUGUUCAUCUAUGGGAGUUUGUGCGAGACCUGCUGUUAUACCCAACAAAGGACCUAGAAGCAGUGCGCUGGGAGAACCGAAAGGAGGGAACCUUCCGGGUUAUUCGGUCUGACACCUUUGCACAGCUCUGGGGAGAACAAAAGAAGAACAAGUGUAUGAAUUAUGAGAAACUGAGCAGAGCACUAAGGCACUACUACAAGUCGGGGAUUCUGGAGAGAGUGAACGGCAGACUAACGUACAAAUUUGGAAGAAAAGCCCAUGGCUGGAAGGAUGAACCUCUUCAGAAAGUCACAUAGCACAAGCCCAGGAGAGAAAUACUCACAUAGACAUUUAAUAAGGGAAGGCAGGUCUAGGACAUCAUAUUUAUUCUCAGGGGAGUUCCAGUAUCAAAGGAUUGUAUAGAUAUACAGAUAAAGGUGGCUGUACAAUAAGACAAUACUGGAUGUUUGUGGUGGGCCGAGUUGGGCUAAAAUCAUUGGCCCUUGGGCUUUUGGGAUCGGCAGAGUGGCCAAUGAAAUGCUGACCAUAUAUGUGAUUCAGUACAAUCCUAGCAUUGAUAUGGAAGGUGAUCAGUUUGAUUCCAUAAACAGGCCAGAUGGAAUCAAACUGUCACCCAGUAUUUGCUAGUUAGAACUAGGACAAUAAUGGUCACUAAGUUCCUAUUUAUCACUUGGACUCGAUAUUGUUAAAUGUAUCCCUGCUAAAGACAUAAAACCAUUCAGAGUGCUGCAGCACUGAAUGGAGGUCUUUAGUUAUGGUAAAUGGCCAAAAAUGAUUUUGAGAGGCCCUGUGAGUUAUACAAAGUAGGAAUAUCUCAUCUCUGGCCAUUCAUUUAAAUCUUUGGCUGUCAUUUAAAGGGAUACUGUCAGUUAAUAGUGCUGUUCCAGCAGAAUUCUGCACUGAAAUCCAUUUCUCAAAA